AUGAAGUCCUUCAUCGCCAUGCUCGCCUUGGUCUCCUGCGCUCUCACCGCACCAGUUGCUCAAGGUUCAUAUGGUAAUUAUGGAGAUUAUGGAAAUGUGCCUCCGUCUACUGUUGAGAACCCGCCUCAACCUGCAAAGUACGCGGAUUACGGCGCGUAUCCACCUCCUGUGGGCGGGUACAGUGAAUACAAGAAGGAGUAG